UAUCACUCUAAAAAUCACGUCAACAAAUUAUUGUGCAUUUUGAGCUUUAUGAAAGAAGAAAAAGAUGUUGAACAUCAAAGGUAGUUGUUGUUGUAUAGGUGUAGAUCAAUAUGUCGAUCAUGUCGAAUGUCCGAUCGAUCUUUCAUUUGCAAUCAUGGAGUUCAUUGUCUUUUAGAACAUUCUUCAUGUAGUUGGCUUUAGCUAUGAAGAUAUCUUUUCCCCUACCCGAUCAAAAUUUCUAUGAAGUGGUUGAUCGAUUUAUUUUUGAACAUCAAUCUUUUUAUCAUCAGAUCGACCUUAACUUAUAAGUUAUCAUGAUUGAUCAUUCUUUUCAUUUGUAAUAAUAAGUCUCGUUGUAAGUAUACUAUUCAUUCAAUCGUAUUGUCAGUGAGUUCUACUGUAACUUAAAACUAAAAUUCAUCAUUCUCAUUCCUUAUAAUUAAUCACCAAUUCCAAAAUAACAAAUUUGAAUCCAAAAAAUUGCAAAUAUUCCAAAAAUACCGUUAAUAUAUUUGCCGCUCUUUUUCUCCUCGAACAAAGGAAAGAACUUUCCUUUCUUGAGCAGGAGCGUUUACAAGUCAGCAGGAAAAAAAAAAAAAAUAGGAAACCUUCCACAAAGUUCUAGUCCCCAGUCUAAAAUUUUCAAAGAACCUCCUAGAACUCUCUGUAACCUCUUCCAAAGCUCCAUUCUCCAUCCAUCCAGAAAUUUCCCCAAAAUUUCCCAAACUUCCACUUCCAAUCCCUAUAUAAAGCUCUCUCCACCUGUCACCUUCCCACCAAAAUCAGGCAAAAAAGCAAAAAUCUUAGCAGCAAUCUCAGAAUCAAGAAGCAAUUUCAUAAUCAAAGAAGCAGUUUUUCAAAACAGAGCAAAAUGGAUCUCCGAUUCGUGGGCUUCGACUACCCGGUCCUCCAGACUCUGCAUCACAUGAUGGACAACAUGGGUGAGGAGCCAGAGGCGAACGGCGCCGGCGCCGGCAGCAAGUCCUCCUCUUCCGCGCCGACGAGGACGUACAUGAGGGACGCCAAGGCAAUGGCGGCGACGCCCGCGGACGUGAAGGAGUACCCGAAUUCGUACGCGUUCGUCAUCGACAUGCCGGGGCUGAAGUCAGGGGACAUCAAGGUGCAGGUGGAGGACGACAACGUGUUGAUCAUCAGCGGGGAGAGGAAGCGGGAGGAGGAGGAGAAGGAAGUGGCGAAAUACGUGAGGAUGGAGAGGAGGGUUGGGAAGCUGAUGAGGAAGUUCGUGUUGCCGGAGAAUGCGAAUACAGAUGCCAUCUCGGCGGUUUGCAAGGAUGGGGUGCUGACGGUGACGGUGGAGAAGGUGCCGCCUCCUGAGCCCAAGAAGCCCAAGACGAUUGAGGUCAAGAUCGCUUAAAGGAGUGUGCUUUGGUGACUGAUCGAUCAAUAACUGUUCGUGGGGUUUGUUUGUUUUGUUGGGUUGGCUGAUCGUUUGAGGGUUUUGAGUGUUGAGAAGCUUGUCUCUGUUUACUUUUUCCUUCUUCCUGGUUUUGUACUAAUGCUGGUUUCUUCUGUGCGUGGUUUCUUGUUGAAUUAGUGUAUGUGGAUUUUGCUUCAAUGAAUCGUCUAUUUUACGAUGUUCUUGAAGGUGGUUUGGUUGGGGGCUAGUGUGUAUUGAUGAAAUUAGAGAGCUUUCUUCGACCAUUUUAGUUGCAGAGGAAACAGAGUACUCUGUUCUCGGCUUAGAGGCUAAAAGAACUCACAAAUCCAUUUUAACAGAUGGCAAGAAAAAACGCAACGGAGAAAUGGGCUCGCCGAUUGUUCCACAAACAGGGUAGAGGAUCUUAGCAACUCGAAAUCUGGAUCACUGCAACAUUUUUGUUGCAUUCGGAUGAAAGGCAACCAUUUAACUCACUAGAUAAUCUAAGUCGUGCCAGUUUGACGAAUUGAGUUGGAUCAAGGGAGGGUGUUGGGUCUCUAUCAUUAUGGAUGGUAUUAUAUGCUCCUCGUCUUCAAUAAUGGAUGGUACAACUU